AUGCCUCUCAAGAAGGAAGCAUUGUCAAAAGAAGCGAAAUUUCUUGAAGAAAUAGAAAAAGUUAGAGAUGUAAUAAAGAAGAAGCAUCAAUUAUUAAAAUUAGGGAAAGAAAGCAUAUCUGAAACUGCUAACGAGUACUUAAAACCAGUCAUCGGACCACUUGAGAAUAUAGCUGCUAAAAUAACACCGAUAAUAAACAAUAAAAAAAGCAAAAUUAGUAAAGACAACACAUAUGAUUCUGAGAGAGAAGAAGACAGUAUCAUUUCUGAUAGAACGCAUUCAAGUAAUUCUGGAAAUAUAAGCACAGAACAAAAUCUCAGUUCUGAUGAGGAAACAGAGGCUUUCCAUGAUACUAUUGAAGAUCUGCAACUGAUAGAGCAAGAGGCUGAUGAAACAGGUCUUAAUAAUGAUUUAACAACUCAAUAUUUAAAUAAAAUAGAUACUUUACAAUGGGAUAAAGAUUAUGGGGUUAAAAGAAAAAACAGUGGAGAAUAUAAAAUUGGAAAUGCUGAAUUACUAUUCGAAAAUAAUAAUAUGAUUGUUGCUGAUGAAACGUAUGAAAUAACCCAAGGACUACUGGAAUUAUUAUUUAUGAAAUCCCCAGAAAAAACCAAAGUCACUCAAAUUGAUGAAAAAAAUUAUGCUCAAAUUCUUCUCAACACAAAUGCACAUUUAAGAUAUCAUAAUUCUAAAAAUACAGUGAAAAAUUCAGCAUCACAAAAGUAUAUUACAUUCAUAUUGCCUCACAUGAAGAGUACACAACAUCAUGGUUCUGGUUUACUACCAACAAAUAUGAUAAUUCAAAGCAAAAAUCAAUCUAAAGUUAAUUAUGUUUAUUGGGAUAAUCCGAAUGAGCUUGUUGAUCGUUUAAGAUUGCUAGUUGCUUCACGAACAGCUGGCAAUCCAAGUCACGAUAAUGAAAUCAUGUCAAUCAUUGAAGAACUAAGAGAGGCAACAUUAUACAUUAACAUUAGUUAA